CAUCUACCAGGUGUCCAUAACAUACAGUCUCGUGGUGAUGACGAAAUGGAUGUCAAACGCGUUUUCCCCGAUGGCUGUUGCCCAGGCUAACACGCUUCUGUGAAGACUUUUUGAAUUAUGGCUUUGAAUCAUCUGAGCUUGCUGCGGCCUCUCCUGUGUCAGCCCCUGCUGCGACAUGUCAGGUCUCCGCUCACAUCCAGAGUCAGCCUUAGGCCUCUUCUGGCUCCUGACGCUUUCCACCACCCUGCUCCUGCUGUAUGCAUCAGGCUCUACGCCACCAAAAAGGCCAAAGCCAAGGCAAAGGGCCAGUCAGGGAAGGUGAACAUUAAUUCAUCUCUGGUGGAAGACAUCAUCAGUCUGGAUGAAGUGAAGGAGGACAUGACCACUGUUCUCGAUUCGCUCAAAGAUGACUUCACACGAAACCUCAGCAUCCGAACCUCGCCAGGAGCUCUGGAUCACAUUGUGGUGACGACUCAAGAUGGGAAGUUCCCUCUCAAGCAGGCUACAGCAGCGGCCACCCGUGCCCUCAGAGAGAGCAGCAUGAACUUAAACCCAGAGGUGGACGGGACGAUCAUCAAGGUGCCCGUUCCCAAAGUGACUCGGGAGCACAGGGAGAACCUGGCCAAGGUAGCCAAACAGCUCGGCAACAAGGCUAAAGACUCACUGAGGAGAGUGCGCUCUAAUGCUGUCACACAGGUCAAAAAAGCAAAGGAAGCACACUCAGAAGACACAAUACGACUCGUAGAAAAACAGAUUCAGCAGAUGGCAGACAACAUUGCAGCAGACAUCGACAAGCAGCUUGCAGCCAAGACCAAGGAGCUGUUAGGCUGACUGUGGAACUUGUUAUUUGUGUCACUGUGAAACAGAGGACACACUGAAAAGCAGCAACAUAUCCUUCUUUUUUUUUUCAUCUUGUUAAUAGACAGUGACUGGAUCAUGUUGGGGAGGUAGUUUUUGUUCAAACCACAUCUUGGGCUCUUGUUCCUGCCCACAUCACUGGGUAAGACCACCUUCUUCUUUUUCUUUUUUUUUCUUUUUUUUUUUGUGCGUCGUGAUAUCUGCAUAAACAAAAACUGGUACAAAAACGACAACAGACUACCCGUCACCUCCCUCCUCUCUUGUUACUCUUCCUGUCUUCAAACAAACAGCGAGAAAGCAACGAAUGGACUUUUAAUGGGAUUUGUGGGCCUCCUCCUAAUCAAACCCUUUGCCACAGGGCCUGUCUGUUUAUAUAAAAGCAAGCGCACCCGUCUCAAUGUAAACUGGCUGCGGGUUUGUCUUGGUGGCAAGAGCGAGAGCGAGUUUGUUCCAGAGACGUAGGAGUCGACCGAACAGAUGCCAUUAAGAUGCUGCCAAACAUUUGUUUCACAUUGAUUCCAAGUCUGUUAAAAAUGCACUUGAGGGGGGGAAAAAAGGGGGCUUUAAUUUCUGUCCAUGUUGAGGAUUGAUAAUAUGGCUACUCUCUUUUUUAAACACAAUAAAGUUGGGAACGUAACGUUAUUGAUGGAGUCCAUUAAAGAAACGCUGCUUUGUA